GCGACGCCUUAUCUUCCUCCCCCUCGUUCCCCACCGCUGAAAUCUUAUCCUCUCGACCUCUCGCCCCGUUUCUUCCUCUUUUCCCCCUCCCUCUCACUUUCCUCUUCUUCAUUCGCUAGGCAACUGUGUCGACGGGAGACGAUGCACGGCAGUGUGUCUUGCUACGAGAAGCUUCCGUCGUCCGGGCGCGCUCCGAUGCUGCCGGAGGAGGCGCUGUCGUGCUCGCCUGCGCGCGCAAGCUGCGGGUUUUUUGCAAGGCAGGGGCUCGCUGCUGCUAGCCCGCACGAGCUGGCUCCAAGGGCCAGGCGCUACAACUUGAGGAGCUCGAAGCCGACUACCUGUUGUGGCUCUCCGGAGUUACUCAUGCGACGUGGGAAGGAAGUCGCCAUGGAACAACCCCGCCGCCUUGGAGCUCGCCCCGCCUCCGGCCCACCACCUCUCCGUCGGCCUCGUGCUCCUCCGCCUCGAUCCGUCCGCCCCGCCGCUGGAUCCACGUCGGAUCAGCCGUAUCCGCCGCCCAGACCACCAACCAAGAGUCGCAUCUUGCGUGUCGUGCGGUCGGGAGGAGGACGACCGAGAGGAGCGCCCAUUCAUCCGCCGCCUUGGAGCUCGCCCUUCCUUCGGGCCGCCACCUCCCCGUCGGCCUCGAUCCGUCCGCCCCGCCGCCCAGACCACCAACCAAGCGGCGCCUCUUGCCUGUCCUGUGGUCGCAGGUCGAAUAAUAAAAACUGCAGGGUCCUUUAUGUUAAAAUGAAUCGUUUUUUCGGAUUAGCCACUUAAAAAUAGGACCGCGGGUUGAAUUCUCAAAAACAGAUGGACUUUUAUGCAAAAUCGCUAGCGACGACGACGGACGACAGAAACCCAUGGACUUUUAUUAUUAGUCUGUACUGCGUCUGUGAGUUGCUUGCUUCUCCCGGGACCGAGCUCCAAUCGACCGGUCGGAUCCCCCAGGCCAGCAGAUCGAACGGCUGCCCUUCCCCGCCUCCGGCCUGCACAUACAUAAGCUCAGCGCCGCCGCCUCCCUCUCCUACCGGCGCGCGAAAUCUAGAUAGCUAGCAACGUUGCGGCCUCCUCCAGUACUCCUCUCCUUCAAUCAGCAAAAGCCAUGGCGACCGAGCCGGCGUACACGCUGCCGAUAAAGUCCGGCAAGGCGGGCUUCGAGGGCUCGCAGGAUGUGCUGCACAGGGUCCGCAUCACCCUCUCCUCCACGAGCGUCAAGAACAUCGAGAAGGUGUGCUCCGAGCUGGUGAAGCGCGCCAAGGAGCAGCCGCUCAGGGUCAGGGGGCCCGUCAGGAUGCCCACCAAGGUGCUCAACAUCACCACCAGGAAGUCCCCCUGUGGAGAAGGUACCAACACCUGGGAUCGGUUUGAGAUGCGGGUGCACAAGAGGGUGAUCGACAUCAUCAGCUCCCCAGACAUCAUCAAGCGGAUCACCUCCAUCACCCUCGAGCCCGGCGUCGAGGUCGAGGUGACCAUCAGCCAGUAGUCAACCCUCAUGCUACCCUACCACAACAGCGCCAUCUUUAAUCUGUUGUUACAAUGGGUGGAGAGACACCAGUGAACCAAGACGUUUUCUUUGAGACUUUGUAGUAUGAGAAGUAGUUUUUGUAUGGCUAGGUUUUUGUUAUCAUGAUUCAUAGUACCUAUACUAUUGAUUAAGUUAUCGUCUUGGAUUUUGUGUAUUUCCGUAGAGUGCACGUCGUUAUUUCAGCAUCUCCAGAAUUUGGUA